UCUCCGAUACCUGCUCCGCUUCACGCCGCAUCUGAAGGUCUGCCCGCCGGGGAACAGUUGCGUCUCCAUCUGGCUGCCAACCCACCCAAGCUUUCUUUUCCUCCACCACCACCACCUUCCCUCCUUCCCCCCUCCUCCCGCUCCUUUCCGUCUUCCCUCUCCACCCCGCCCCCAAUCUCCUCCUCUUUUUCUCACUACAAGCGGUUGCUGAUGCUGAAGCCGAGCGUCACUUCGGCUCCCACGGCAGACAUGGCGACAUUGACAGUGGUCCAGCCGCUCACUCUGGACAGAGAUGUUGCCAGAGCAAUUGAAUUACUGGAAAAACUACAGGAGUCUGGAGAAAUACCAGUGCACAAGCUACAAUCCCUCAAAAAAGUGCUUCAGAGUGAGUUUUGUACUGCUAUUCGAGAGGUGUAUCAAUAUAUGCAUGAAACGAUAACUGUUAAUGGCUGUCCCGAAUUCCGUGCCAGGGCCACAGCAAAGGCAACAGUUGCAGCUUUUGCAGCUAGUGAAGGCCACUCCCACCCUCGGGUAGUCGAGCUGCCAAAGACGGAUGAAGGCCUCGGUUUUAACGUGAUGGGAGGAAAGGAGCAAAAUUCCCCCAUUUAUAUCUCUCGCAUCAUUCCUGGAGGGGUGGCUGAAAGACAUGGAGGCCUCAAGAGAGGAGACCAGCUGCUAUCAGUGAAUGGAGUGAGUGUGGAAGGAGAACACCAUGAGAAAGCCGUGGAACUUCUCAAGGCUGCUAAGGACAGCGUCAAGCUGGUGGUCAGAUACACCCCGAAAGUCCUGGAAGAAAUGGAGGCUCGCUUUGAAAAGCUACGGACAGCCCGGCGUCGGCAGCAGCAACAAUUGCUAAUUCAACAGCAGCAACAGCAGCAGCAGCAACAAACACAGCAAAACCACAUGUCAUAGGUCCUUGAAGCUAUUUGAUCAAACACCCGAUAGUCACAAAUUUGAAACCGUGCUUCAGAAUCCCAGCACAUAGUAAAGGAAAAGACAACACUGAUAAUUAUACCUGUCAAGAAACUGUGAA